CCUUUCCUCUCGAGCAGCGAGAGAGAGAGAGAGAUUGUUCGGGUGCGGAGGCGUCCAUCCGUUGCCUCCCCUUCUUCUCCAUCGUUUUCUUGCCUUUCCCCGUCCCGCCGGAUUUUCCCGGAAAGUAAGAAAGAAUUUGCAGAACGAGAAGGGAGCAGAACAAGGACAAGGACAAGGACAAGAACAAGAACAGCCGACACGAGUCCGAUUCUGGUUCUGUUUUUGAGGUUCGGUGAAAGGAAGAGAGUAGUAGGUGGGUUUUUCGUGCAUUUUGCCGUCGUGGGUUUGUUUUUCCCUUUUUCCUCUUUGUCGUCCUUUAUGAAUGGAUUUGGACAACAUUGAGUGCGUGUCGGUUGUGGAUGGGGCGGACGAGAGCGAGAUCCACAACCUCCACCACCACCACCACCUCCACCACCACCCCCACCUCCACCAGAACAAUCUCCAACCCCCGCCGCCGCCGCCGCCGUUCUCGUCGUCGAAGCCCCUCAAUGCCAGCCCGCCCCCGAACGGCAUUCUGGGCCCCGCCGCCAUCGCCCCGGCCACGAGCGUCCACGAGCUGCUCGAGUGCCCCGUGUGCACCAAUUCCAUGUACCCGCCCAUUCACCAGUGCCACAAUGGACAUACUUUGUGCUCGACCUGUAAAACGAGGGUGCAUAACCGUUGCCCUACCUGUAGACAAGAGCUCGGUGAUAUUAGGUGUUUAGCAUUGGAGAAGGUGGCUGAGUCACUCGAGCUCCCCUGCAAGUAUUAUUCUUUGGGAUGCCCAGGGAUAUUUCCAUACUACAGUAAACUGAAGCACGAGGCAUUGUGCAAUUUUAGGCCUUACAACUGCCCGUAUGCUGGAUCAGAGUGUUCUGUCGUUGGCGAUAUCCCAUUUUUGGUCACACAUCUGAGGGAUGAUCACAAGGUGGACAUGCACACAGGAUCCACAUUUAAUCAUCGUUAUGUAAAAUCCAAUCCUCGGGAAGUAGAAAAUGCUACGUGGAUGCUAACUGUAUUUCAUUGUUUUGGUCAAUACUUCUGCCUCCAUUUCGAGGCGUUCCAGCUUGGCAUGGCCCCUGUUUACAUGGCGUUUCUCCGUUUCAUGGGCGACGAGACUGAGGCGCGGAAUUACAGCUACAGCCUGGAGGUUGGAGCGAACGGCCGGAAACUCAUAUGGGAGGGGACCCCACGAAGCAUCCGCGAUAGCCAUCGGAAGGUCAGGGAUAGUCACGAUGGCCUUAUAAUCCAGCGAAACAUGGCACUUUUCUUCUCGGGUGGGGAUAGGAAGGAGCUGAAGCUAAGAGUGACAGGGCGAAUAUGGAAGGAACAACAAAACCCAGAGACUGGAGUUUGCAUACCGAAUUUGUGUAGCUAAGACCAAAGUGAUUUUCGAUGCAAUUUUCCGAAUUAGAAUAUUUGGGAAAACUGCAGUCCUGUUGUACCUGUGAAAAUUUUCUGUUGAUUGUGAUGUUUAUUGAAGUUUUGAGAAGUCUCUGAGGUCUCUCCUGUUAAAUGGAUGAUAAGCAUCUUGAUCAUCAUCGUGUGACUAAUAACAUUAGGCUCUGGAGUUGUACUCCACAUAUUGCAAA